UCAGCUGCAGAAUUUACAGGAAUGACUGAUGCUCAAAGUGAAAAUCAGAAUUAAAGCUUGGAACGUUCAUUCAUAAUAUGAAGAUGCUGCUGACUUUGUUCCUCUUCCUUAUUGGGAGUCAAACUUCAGUAACUCAGAUGCCUGCCCCUACAUCUGCAGAUAUUGUCCUUUUGGUUGACAGCUCUAAUAGCCUGGGAAACAAGGCGUUCCCCUCUAUGAAGUCUUUUAUUAGCAAAAUGAUCAGUCAUCUAACAGCAACUCCUAACCAAUACCGUAUCGCACUUUCCCAGUACAGUGAUGAUUUGCACGUUGAAUUUCUGCUGGAUACCUAUAAAGCAAAGAACCCAAUGCUGAAUUAUGUAAAAAAAAAUGUUGUAUUCAAGGGUGGUUCAGUAAAAACUGGCAAUGCCCUUCGAGAAGUUCAUAGGACCUAUUUCAAAGGACCAGCUAGUGGAAGAGACAAAGAACGAAUUCUGGUAGUCUUGACUUCAGGGGCAUCAGAGGAUGCUGUAGUAGAGCCUGCCAAGACCUUGAAAAGUGAUGGGGUAAAAAUCAUAGCCAUGGGGAUUCAGGAUGUUUCUCCUCAAGAACUGCAGUCAAUAGCUACACCUCAAUUUUCUUAUAAGUUUCGCACAGUGAGGGAUCUCAGUAUAUCUUCUCAAAACCUGACCAAGAUCAUUGAGGACGUUAUUCAAACAGAUAUUAAACGCAUAAUACCAACAGAUAUAAUUGCAAGAGAUCCUGAGAGAGAAGUUUGUAAGAGUGAUUCUGUUGCUGAUGUUGUGUUUAUAGUAGAUGAGGGUGUUUCAAAACCAAAAGCUGAAGAUAUUAAAAAUUUCCUGCAAAAUACAGUCUCCUUUCUUGAUGUGAAAAAGAAUCAUACAAAGAUUGGCCUAGUGACAUAUAGCAGUGAGUCACACGUGUUAUCGUUAUUGAGCGAAGAAACACACAAAACUACUAUUCUGCAGAAAAUACAGGACUUUUCUCCGAGGGAAGGGAAGGCCAACACCGGUGCUGCCAUUAAGGCUACAAGGCAAAGAGUCUUCUCUGGAAGCAGAAAGGCCCAAGGGAUAGAGCAAAUAGCCAUUCUGAUCACCCACCGACCCUCUGAAGACAACGUAAGUGAGGCAGCUCAGGAUCUUCGGAGAGCUGGUGUGACUGUAUUCACCAUAGGCAUUGAAAAUGCUGAUUACACCCAGUUAACCCAGAUAGCAUCAUAUCCUCCACAGCAAUAUGUUACUAAGCUGACGGCAUUUUCUGACCUGCCAAAAGAAGCCAAAACUUUACAAAAGAAACUCUUAAAUCAAAUUCAGGACAAGCUGUAUGUCCAGUCUAUAAGAAGAGAACUACUUAAAGCAGGAUGUGUGGACACAGAGGAAGCUGAUAUUUAUGUCCUCAUUGAUGGCUCAACAAGCAUUGAUGCUGCUCCCUUCGGAGACAUCAAAAAUUUUUUGAAGGAAGUGAUUAAGAUGUUUAACAUAGGGCCAAAUAAAGUUCGCUUUGGAGCUGUGCAGUUCUCACAUGACAAAAGACUGGAGUUUGAACUUGAUGAAUACAGCAAAACAAAUGAUUUAGAAAGGGCCAUCGACAACAUUAGGCAAAUAUAUGGGGAUACCCAUAUUGGAGAAGCUUUGACUUUCAUGCAGCCACUGUUUAAAAGGGCAAGGGAGCAGAGAGCUGGCAGGGUGCCUUGUUACCUCAUUGUCCUAACAGAUGGGGAGUCACAUGACAGUGUGAAGGAGCCUGCUGAGAGACUGAGGAAUGAGAAAGUUAAUAUUUAUGCCAUUGGUGUAAAAGGUGCAAAUGAAGCACAGCUCCAUGAGAUUGCAGGGUCAGAGAGCAGGACUUUCUUUGUGCAAGAGUUUGACUCCUUGAAAAAGAUAAAAAAUGAAAUUGUUCAAGGGAUCUGUUCUGGAGAAGCCUGCAAAGAAAUGACAGCUGACAUCAUGUUUCUAGUGGACAGUUCUGGAAGCAUAGAACAAGAGAACUUUUUGAAAAUGAAAAACUUUAUGAGAGAACUGGUGAACAAAUCUGACAUCAGCACAGACCGAGUGCAGGUUGGGGUCGUCCAGUUCAGUGGCACACAACACGAAGAGUUCCAGCUUGACCGAUACUCUUCAAAAAGUGACAUUUUCAGUGCUAUUGAUAAUAUGUCUCUUAUAGGGGAAAAUACACUAACAGGAGGCGCUUUGACAUUUGUAGGUGAUUAUUUCAAGCCUCCCAAAGGUGCACGUCCGACUGUCAAAAAGAUUCUUAUCCUGAUUACAGAUGGGGAAGCGCAGGAUGAAGUAAAAGUUCCAGCAAAAACCCUACGUGAUCAAGAUGUUAUUAUCUACUCUGUUGGGGUGUUUAAUGCAAAUAAAACUCAGCUGGAAGAGAUUAGUGGGAAGUGUGAGCUGGUUUUUUACAUUGAGAAAUUUGAUACUCUGAAGCACAUAGAAGAUGAGAUCAUCUUUGGAAUAUGCACACUUCAUGAGGAAUGCAAAAGGAUAGAAAGAGUAGAUGUUGUGUUUGUGAUAGAUGAAUCUGGGAGCAUAAAUUCCUCACAAUACCAGACCAUGAAAGACUUCAUGAUUGACUUAGUGAAAAAAUCUGAUGUUGCUCCAGAUAGAGUUCAGUUUGGAGCUGUAAAAUAUUCUAAAGAACCGAAAACAUUUUUCUACCUUAACCAGUACCCAACAAAAUCCGAGAUUGUUGAGGCUAUCCAGAAUGAUAGCACUAUAGGAGGUUCAACGUACACAGCCAAGGCAGUUGACUAUUCGGAAGCUCUGUUUGCUCAGGAGCAUGGCGGCCGCAAAAGUAAGGGAGUUCCACAGAUUCUUAUAGUGAUAACAGACGGUGACUCCGAUGAUGCAAAACACCUCAAUGACACAGCCAAGAGAUUAAGAGACAAGGGAAUUAUUAUCUAUGCUGUUGGGAUAAAAGGAGCAAAACCUGAUGAGCUUUUGGCCAUGGCUGGAUCAAAAGACAAAUAUUACUAUGUGGAUACAUUUGAAGGACUCAAAAACACAUCUGUAGCAAUAUCAGAAAAAAUAUGUGGUGAUUCAAAACCAGAGUGUGAAAUUCAAGCAGACCUUGUUUUCUUGAUUGAUGGUUCCAAUAGUAUAAAGCCAAAUGACUUCACCGGGAUGAAGGAUUUCUUGAAAGUUAUACUAGAUCAGAUUGAUUAUGAUCGCAAUGUUCAAAUUGGCAUUGCCCAGUACAGUGACAGGUAUAAAAGAGAAUUCAGCCUGGGUGCUUUUCAGAACAAAUCAGAACUGGACAUUCAAAUUCAGAACAUUAAGCAGAUGACAGGAACUAGUACUUUAAUUGGAGCUGCACUUAAGCAGGUGAAGGAAUUCUUUGCACCAGUACGCAGCAGAAGAGUAACAAGAAACGUCCAACCAGUUUUGCUGGUAGUCACUGAUGGGGAGUCGCAUGAUGAUGUUGCUGAACCAGCAGAAGAUCUGAGAAGGGAAGGUGUUCAUAUAUAUGCUAUAGGAGUUGGGAAUAUUAGUCACGUGCAGCUCACGCAAAUAGCUGGCGUCCCGGAAAGGAAGUACACUGUUAAUGAUUUCAAUGAGCUGAAGAUUAUUAAAAAAAGACUAGUUGGUGACCUAUGCAAACCUGAUGUUCCUACAACUUGUUUUGUGGAUAUUGUUAUGGGAUUUGACAUCUCUUCACAAAAGAGAGGUGACCGUUUAUUCCAUGGACACUACCAGCUGGAAGCAUAUCUUCCUGACAUUCUAAAAGCCCUCACAUCCCUAAGCAGUCUGAGUUGCAAUGUGGGGACAAAGACACAGAGCAGCGUGGCAGUUUACCUGAACAACACAGUUACACCCGUGUCUUCAAAGUUCCAAUUUGACAGUGAGAAAAUAUGGAACAGCUUGAGAGAGAUCCUGAUUGACAAACCAUCUCGUCUUAAUGGCAACUUCCUGGAGUCACUCUGGAAAACAUUUCCAAGCAAAGCUGAUGAUCAAAAUCGAAGGAAGGUUUUACUUGUAUUUUCAGAUGGUUUGGAUGAAGAUGUAGAAGAACUAGAACAAAAGUCAGAAGAACUUAGAAAAAAAGGAUUGGAUGCACUGAUGACCGUUGUUCUGGAAGGAGCCUCCAAAUUUAAUGAGCUUCAGUACAUUGAGUUUGGAAAGGGAUUCGACUACAUGACUCAAUUAACUAUUGGCAUGAGAAAUAUCGCCAAAGCACUGUCCAAGUAUGUGACUAACGUUGCUGAAAGGACGUGCUGUGCUGUUUUUUGCAAGUGCAUUGGGGAGGAAGGUGGAAUUGGACCCCGAGGGAAUGAAGGAAAUGAAGGACCUAAAGGUAUAAAAGGCACUCGAGGACACUUAGGAGAAGAGGGAGAGCCGGGUUCAAGAGGACUGCCUGGACCAAUGGGAGAGCCAGGGAAUAAGGGAUGUGAUGGUAGUACAGGUCCUAAAGGAUUCCAAGGAAUAUCUGGUGAAAAGGGAGACAACGGGGAAAACGGGAUUGAUGGAAUUAAUGGAGAGCAGGGAUCACUUGGGUAUCCAGGAAAGAUGGGAGAAAAGGGUGACCCAGGCUACAUGGGCAGUCCAGGGCCAAGAGGAAUCCCUGGUGAGCGUGGUGAGAGGGGCUUACGAGGAGAUCAAGGUAACCCUGGAUUGGACAAUGACAUAAAAGGGUCCAAAGGUUCAAAAGGAGAACAGGGAAGACAGGGUGAAAGAGGACCAAUGGGCCCACCAGGGUCACCAGGCUCUCUGAGAACCACAGGAACAAAAGGUCGAAGAGGAACACCAGGUCCACAGGGGGAGAAAGGAGCUCCUGGUUUGACGGGCUUUCCAGGAGAACCAGGAUUUCCAGGAUCCCAGGGAGAAAGAAGAAUUGCAGGUGUGAAAGGAGAGAAAGGAAGUGAAGGAAAUAAAGGUCUUCAGGGUGAACUGGGAGCUGCGGGUCCAAAAGGGAGUCCUGGGAGUCCUGGAAUGAGAGGAAAUAAAGGAGAAUAUGGUGAUCCUGGAGCGACGGGACCGAGAGGGCCACCAGGUCAACGGGGAAUUCAGGGAGAAGAUGGUGCUGCUGGUUAUGGUGGACCAGGAAAGAAAGGAGCAAAGGGACAAGGAGGAUUCACCGGAGAUAUUGGACAGAAGGGUGAAAUUGGAGAUCCAGGAGUUCCAGGAGAAUUUGGACCAAUAGGAAUCAAAGGACAAAUGGGUCCUCCAGGUCCUCCUGGUCCAGAGGGAUUUCCAGGGGACAAGGGAUUUCCAGGACCCAGGGGCGCUAAAGGAACAAUGGGACUGCACCCUUCUCCCCCAUGUGAAAUCAUUGACUUUGUGCGCAGACACAGCCCUUGUUGGCAGGAAAAACCGGAAUGCCCAGUAUAUCCAACGGAACUAGUGUUUGCUUUGGACAUAUCCCAGGAUGUCACAUCCCAGUUAUUUGAAAGAAUGAGAGAGAUUGUAAUAUCAGUAGUGAAUGCCACCAAAAUUAGAGACAGCAACUGCCCAGUGGGAGCUAGAGUCGCUGUUGUGUCCUACAAUUCCAACACUCAUUACCUGAUCCGCUUCUCCGAGUUCUACAACAAGAAUCAGCUCCUCAACAAACUUAAUAAUCUGGCUUAUGAGAGAUCCUCAAGCGAACGGGAUAUUGUCAGAGCGAUGGGAUUUGUUGCCAGGAAUGUUUUCAAGCGAACUCGCCAAGGUCCUAAUGUGAGAAAAGUAGCCGUGUUUUUCAGCAAUGGGCCGUCUGCAGAUAAAUUUUCUAUUUAUACGGCAGUUCUGGAGUAUGCUGCAUUUGAUAUUGUUCCAGUAGUUAUCGCUUUGAAUGAUGUUCCCCUCCUCAGUCAUUCUUUCGCGAUGGACGAUACUGGAUUUUUCCAGGUAAUAAAUAUUAAUCAAGAGGAUGACUAUGAGCCAUUCUUGGAAACAUUUCGGCGCUGCACUCUUUGUUAUGGUAAGAUCCAUCUGUAUUAG